AUGCUGGAGCAUGAGACCAACUUCAACCCCACCGACACAUCUAAACGCAAUCUAUACCAACACGACACGCUAGACGCCCCGCUUUCCCACCGUACUCCCACCAAACUGAGUUUUCCAACAUAUUGUUUCCCCCGGCACCACCGAACACUCGUUCUUCAGCGAGCUGCUACUAGAGCGAAGCUUGUGAAGAACCUUAGGAAUGCCGCACAAGCCUUGGCGGCGCUGCAAGCCAAGCAGCAGCAGGAGGGGGUUGCCCCGCCGCAGCAGGCCGGCGGCGCCAUGGGCAUGGUCUCUGAAACGGGCGGAAUUCCGCCGCGUCAACAGCCGCCGUUGAUUGGAGGAGACACCGCCGAGGCUGUCGCGUUGUGCGUCGCCAUCGAGCAGUGCCUGUUCCAUCGCAUCCGGGUUAAGGACUUCGGCGUGAUACCCUUUUGGGCCUUCCUUGAGCGGGUGGAGCGGCUCCCUCUUACCAUGGGGGAGGGUGGGGCCGGCCGGCCGGGCCCGCGAGAGCGCCGUCUUGCGAGCGUCCGGAACACGGUCGGGGCCGUGGCCUCCCUGUCGAACGUUUCGACGCCGCUGGGAAGGGCAAGGGCGUGGAUCCGCCAGUGCCUGGUGUGCAAGUGCCUCGAGUCUUGCGUGGCGGCGUUGCUGGAGGAAGACCGGCUCGUCAAGGUGUUCUACGAGCCGACAGCCCUGGCGCGAUGCCGAGAAGGAUCGAUCAUCCUCCUGCGCCUGUGCGCGGCCCUCGAAGCCUUCGACGUCGCAAUCGACACCGACCAAUCGGCUCUCGACACCCCACCGCGCUGGCCAAUCCUGGAAGAGGAAGAAGAGUGGGACCGACUCGCGGAAGAAGAAUCUUCAGGGGCCGCCGCCGCCGCCGCCGCUGCUUCGGGUACCCAUGCGCGUACCGCCUCCCGCUCGUUCGAUGAAACGACCGUGGCGGGAGGGGCUAUGGGUAGGUCGGCGGCGGCAGCAACGGCGAGGGGCCCACCCGCCGAGCACGGUUCGGUGUCGUGGUUUCAGGAGCAGCGGCAGCGGCAGCGGGAGGAGGAGGCGGCGGCGGCGGGGAGGCGGUCGGAUGUAGGAGGGUGGGCCGCCUCGGCCCUGUCGGAGAUCGAUCAGCUGGCAAACGGGAACUGGAACGAGCAACUGGACGACGUGCUUGCCACAGUCAGCUCCAAGGUCGACAAGGCGGUCCAGUCCUUAGACGAGACGAUCAACGACAUCUUCGGCGACAACGACGACGUCGACAACGACGAUAACAAGGCCAAGGCCAACAGCAGCGGCGGCACGCGCGACGGGUGGGUGGAGCUGCGAGGGGGCACCGCCAAGUCAGCGUCAGCCUUGCUACACCCGGAAGAAGCAGCAAGAGACGCGGCGGCGGCGGCGGCAGCGGCAGCUACCGGCGACGAGCACUUAGCGCCUAGUUCAUGGCGAAAGAUGACAGCGGCUGGUGGUCCCAGGGCCGGGGCGGGAGGAUAUCCGGGUGCGUUCGUAAUGGGCGGCCGUCGAGGAGGCGCGAAGGGGAGGGGACGGGUCUUCGGCGUCCCCUUGGAAGACCUCGUCCUUAACCCGGAGAGGUGUCGGCGGGGGACGCUUGACCCCGCGCUUGGGGUUCCCGAUGCCGUCCUGAGUCUCAUCGAGGCGCUCUCGGAGGAAGGAUGCCGCAACAGCCCCGGCCUGUUCCUGCGCGAAGCCGACGAGACCGAGCUGGUUAAGGUCGUCAAGAGCCUCGACAAGGCUAAUACCCUUCCCGGAAGAAGAGGUGGCGGUCGUAGCGGGGAUUCGUCCUCGUCCCCAGCGUGGCUGGUGUCGCGCCUAACGGGGGGCGGAGAGGGCACAGCGGAAGAGGAGAAGUCGGGGGGCAAGGGGGCGCUAGGCGUGUCUCCGCAUGCGGUGGCGAACGCGCUGGUGUACUUCUUGCACCGACUGCCGGAGCCGCUGCUGACGUUUCGGAGAAGAGAGGCGUUCUUGGCCUGCGAGGCGAUCCCGGAUCUAGACGCUCGAAUCCGCAACGUCCAGCUGCUGGUAGAAGACUUGCCUUGGGCGCAUAAGCCUUUGCUGCUAGCCCUCGCCAAUCUUUGCGGCACGAUCGCACCACCGAAAAACUCUCUGCCGCCGCCGCCGCCCGAGAGGCGGCGGCCGGCCCCGAAAACCUCAGACGACGUAAAUUCCGCCGCGUUUCUGACGGAGGGUGUAACCAUCAUCGACGAAACGGAACUUGAGGCGGCGGAGGAGGUUGGAGUCAUCGGCGGUGUUGCGGUUCGGGAUGCGGUGGAAGCUCUGGCACCGGCGCUGCUGCGCUAUCCACCUCCGGCCGUCGGAGGGGGUGGGGAGGGUGCAGGUGCGGCGGCCGGGGGUGCGCGGAGGCUGGACUGGGAAGAGGAGAUCGCGGCUGCCGCGGUGGUGGAGCUGAUUUUUUCCGAGCAGCGGCGCGUGCUGGCAGGCAUAAGGGCGGACCAGAAGCGUAGGGAGGAGAGGCUAUCGCGCAAAGUGGAACGCCUGGAGCAGCUGCACAAGAUGCUGGAGGCCUCCGUUUACCUCAAGCGCCCGGCACACCUGGCAAUCGUGAUCUCGAUAUGGCGCAGAUUGGAGGGAGUAGAGCACGAAAUGCUGGUAGAGGCGGCGGAACGGGGAGAGGAUGCCGUAGGACUCGUACCCUUACCCGCAAGGGACGACAAAGACGGCGGCGGGCGUAGCACGCGGCACGACGCCGCGCCUGCAGCCGCGGGUGACGGGGGAACUCGCCAUAGCAACAAGGUUCCGGCGGCCGUAGACGAAGACCGGGAUGUCCGAGAGCUGGAGACCAUGCUCAUGGGCCUCGAAGCGGACGAAGAAGACUACGACAGCGUUCCUUUCGCCGAGUUUACCGCGGACGGGGAGGCUGAGCUAGCGGAGGCGUGUUGUGUCGCGGCCGGCGAGGGUGCGGAAAAGGGCGAGACGGCGCCCGAGCCGCCGCCAGAUGUCGUCGGCGAGGGGAACCGAGGGAGCGAGGCUACAAUGUCGGGGGCGAACGACGGCGUCGAUCGCGGCGGCGGCGGCGGCGGCGGCGGCGAUGGCAGGAACACUUCGCCCGCUUUCACGAUCGGCGAAGACGCGGAUGAAGGCGAUGUCGGGGGGCUCCAAGCUUCAACCGUUACGACCACUAGCCCUCAACCCACCGCUUCUGCGUCCGACCUGGAGAGCACGCAGGCGUUACUCGGCUCCAUCGCCGACACCCUUACCCCUGCCGCGGCCAACGGAGACGAGGACCCCCGAUCGGAUGCGGGCCGCCCCCUGCUAGCGACGCGUUCCGAGCUUGCGCUGGUCCACCUAAUGGAGGAGGCCGAGCAAGAGCCGGGGGUGUUGGCGGGGGCGGGGGAAUCAGGGCCUCCGGGCCCAACGAGCGGGUCUUCUCCCCGGAGCUCUGGCGGGGGUAUCGAUGGCGCUGGGGAUGGGGGGUGGUCGGGACGGCACCGGAGUAGAGGAGGGCAGAGCGGCUUCGACGACGUGCUUUCGGUGGGUUCGACAGCCUUCGGGUCGUCUGAUGCCGCGUGGAAGGGAGGCGUCGGUAGCGGUAGCGGCGGCAACCCUGGUCAUCACGAUGCCACGAAAGCAGGAGGAGGUGUCGGCGGGAGUGGUGCCGGUUCGACGGACGGGAGUUCGGCCACCGAAAUAUCUCGAAAGGGUGCAGUGCAGCCGGCUGCGGCAGCGGCGAGUUAUGCUGCCGGAGAAGCUAAGACCGCCGCCGCGAACCUGUCGGAAUCUUCGAUGGCUGCUGCCGGCAAGAGCGAGAGUGCUCCUCCGGCGGCGAGCCCGGUGUUUUCUCUGGGCCACGAGCGAUGGAUAACCUGCGGGUUCACGUCCGCGCACACGGUGGGGAGGAGGGAGGAGGAGGAGGCGUCCGUGGGGCGGGCUCUUCGAGACGCCUCCAGCGUUCUCGCGCUGGACAGCAUGAACUACUUCUUGGCCAGGUAUCCCCGCUCGGCGGCUAAGGCGGUUAAGUCUUGCGCCCGCCGCCACGCCAUUUCCAGGGGAGGCGGGGACUCGUGCCCGUUCCCGGUGCACGCCGGCGACAUCACCCGCGUCGUCGCGACCCUGCUGAGCCUGCAACAGCCUUCCCCCGCGUCCGGUGAACCGGCUGGGGCGGACGCCAAGAGGGGCGGCGGCGGCGCUGCUGCUGCGCCAGCGGAAUCAGGAGACGCGCGUGCGCUUAGGCUGGCCGCGCUCCCGUCGUGGCGGUUGCUGGAUGCCCCGAACGCCGUUCAGGAAGCGUUUUCCUGCGGCGUGCUGGUGAUGGAAAAGGCGCAGGCUGCGGGGGGGGUUGGAGGCGGCGGCGGCGGCGGCGGGCGGAGCCAUCACCACAUGCGGUACGAAGAAAGCCUUCUCGAGAUGAGACGGGUGCUGCACGCCUGCAUACUGCACGCUCCCAGCAGCGUCGAGGGGUUCUGGGCCGCCGCCGCCGUCGAAGGAGGAGUGUGGCCUGACCCAGGGGACAUGAUUCCCUCGGCCCCUGAUGUGACAGGGGGCGCGAACGGGGAUCACAAGAAUCAUGAACCGGUCGCUCUGUCGAAACAAUUGCGGCGGGUGUUGGGGCUGGCCGAGUUGGAUCUCCGGCCUGAAGACCUGCCGCUUUUGGGAGGCAUGGCGACUUUGGGGCCAACCGGAGCCCCCUCCCCGGGCAAAAAAAGCGCCUCUUUUGGCGAGACCUCCGUGGACGACCGGGUGGACUGGUCGAGAGGCCGGUCGGUUUCGUCAUCGUCGGGGAUGGACGUUGCCGCGGUUCCCGCCACCGGCAGUAGCAGCAGCAGCAGCGAUUGGUUGCUGGCGGGAGAGACGGCGCGAGCGGGGAUGAUCGAGAGCGUGGCGGCGGAGAACAGCGGCCGGCCAGGGGGCACGAGGGUGGUGGACGACGGAGUGUUCCAAGCUCGCCUGCUUUGUCCGUCACAGAUUCUGUCUGCCGCGGAAGCACGAGCGCUCGCAAAUCACCUCCCCGCCACCGUCGCCUCGAGCGACUGGGUCAGCCUCUACUCGAACGCGCGGCACGGAGCUUCUCUCAAGACCCUCCUCGCGCGGUGCGCCGGCUGGCAGCCGACAUACGUGGUCAUCGAGGCGCGAGUCACGGGGCCCCCGGGGAGCCGCAGCGGCGACGGUAAGACCUCCUCCUCCUCGUCUUUGCCCGCGGGAGAAGCGGGCGGUGACUCCGGCAUCGAAGGCGGCGUGGCGGCGGCAUCGAAGGUGGAAGGACCUAGCGUUGCCGUCCCAGGAGAGGAGGAGAAGCACGCGGCAGCGGCGGAGGGGACGGUUGUGUUCGGCGGCUUCGCGUCCGGGUCUCCCUGGAAGGACAUGGGCCGAGCCUUCGCCGGAGAUGGCGGGUGUUUUCUGUUCGCCUUCGACAGGAACGACGCCUCGGCGGGGGGCGAAACGCCUAUCGGGAUGGAAACCCCGGGGGCCGCUGGUGGGGGAGCGGCAUUGCGCGUGUACCCGUGGGUGGGGUCGGACCGGUGCUUCAUGACGUCCGACGCUGCGGUCGGGUUGGGCAUGGGCGGCGGGGGAGACGGGGGCAACUUCGGCUUCCUCUUGAACGCGGACCUAGGGAGCGGGAGCACCGGCCCGUGCGGCACGUUCGGUAACCCUGGCCUGGCGGCGCCGAGCGGACGUGGCGCUGCUGAGAGUUCCUCCUCCUCGGGGGGAGUUUUUGAGGUGGUUUCGGUAGAGGUGUGGGGGUUUCAGGCCUUGAAAGGUCGAGGUGACGAUGACGGGCUGACGCGGAUUGCUUUGUGAAGCCAGCCGGAGUCGGCGUUGGAGCUGACUAAGACCCGCAAUGGUGCGUCGGACUUGUCUGGCAAUGAACUUCAGUCAGUGUAUUGUCGUGGUCGUCGCCGUUGUGGAAAAGUCUGGAGGGAGUUGGGCCCAGCGAGGGCAUGACGUAGUCACCUUCAUUUUGCUCGUUUUUGGCGGAAAUGAUUUCCACAUGCAGGCGUGAUUUACCCCCUAUUUCUAUUACCUUGUACCCUUUUUUGUCGACUCAAGCUAGCCGGGCAUGGACUCUGUUGCCCACCCGUGUGAAUCCGCUGUUGCGGUGCCCCCUUUCUUAGAAACGCCUCCUGUAUAUUGUUUCCCACCACCAGUUGCUCAGGCUGUAGUUGGGCGAUGCCCUUCGUGCGGUGCGCCCACCUAUCACUUUGUGUCUGUUCGAACAGCAGCAGCAUCGACGACGGUUCGAUGGUAUUUUUUUUUUUGCCAGAUUUCCAAUGCACAUGCAUCCGAUGAUAUACUAUAUGCGGGUUUCACCAUGUGCAUGCGUAGUGUGUCCACGGGAGUGUCAAGAGCCACACGAAUACUUGACCGACCCCUGUUGGAGCUGUCCCAUUGCGUGUCUCGGCACGUGUCUUUUUGUAACAACAUUUCAUGUGACGACGCAUUUUGUGCAAGGAUGUCUUUGUUGAGGGGGCGGAACAUGUUGGCGCUUGGCGUUCUCCGCACUCAUGUCUGCAAGUAGCAUGACAAACGGCGGUGCUUUUUGGAAGAAACGUGAUGUUGCGCGGUAUUGUAGAAACAAUAUUUUGUCAGGAAAACAUGCGUCGCUUUGAUGGCGUAGGGGGGGUGUUAUACGACACGCACGCGUUGUUUGGCCUCAGUCGAAUGUGGUGCUCUCCCCAUGUCGGAACAAGAAGAAUCUCGGAAAUUUCUUGCGGUUUCUGGGCAAAACCCGGAACAAUCGCGCCGCAGGCGACACGCACGCGUGUUCAUAGUUUCAGGGAGUGUGAGUUUUGUGGACUGCGAAGGGAAAAUGGAAGGCGAAAAAGGGAGCAGGACACAGACUUACGUGUCCGUGCGGAGCUUCGCGUCGUUUUUUUUCUUUUUCGGCGUGGAUUUCACGUCACACAUGUCUCCGAGGGGGAGGGGCUGUACCUUACGUGUGUCGUCGUGUACCAGUGUGCUGCUGCAGUGGUAGCGAUCUCAAUUGCAUUAGUCUGGAAGCGUACAUGAUGAGCAACACUGCGCAAAGAAGGGGAAAGUGUUGAUUUGGUACAUGCGGGUGACACGCUGGACAAGGACCCCCAGCCGCCGCUUCAGCACCAGGGUAGGGCUCCAUCCCAAACAGAAAAUUCUGUCGGCGAGACUACAACCGCCAUCAUGGUCCAUAU